AUGGUUAACUUAUUUAAAAAAGAUGAAUCUAUAAAACCCUAUGGUGGUUAUAAAUUAACUUUCUAUCCUGAUGAAUUUGUUUUACCAGGAGGAAAAACUAAGCAAUUGCUUCAUAUUCAUGUUAUUGGUCAAGAAGGAGAAAUAAGAGUAUAUUUGCUAAUUAAAGAAAAAUCCAAUUUGUAUAUUGAGACUAAAAGAGGUAAUAUUCCCCAGCAUAAACAAAGAAAAAUAAAAGAUUUUAUCAAUGACUAUUAUGAUUUAAUUAUAACCCGAGUCAAAAAAGAAUUAAAAAAGGAAAUUAAUAGAGAAAUAAAGUUGGGGGUAAAAGGGGCAAAUUUUUCUCAACCUAAAAUUAUUGCUUGUCAAACCAAUAAAGAAAAAUUAACAGCCGAAUUAGACGACGGAAGAAAAGUAAAUAUUAAAGCCGAACAAUUAAAAAAUUACGAAAUUUGGAAUGAGGGGAGUAAUAUUUAUUUUCCUGACAUAGAUGAGAUUUUGCCAGCCCGAGUAUUAUCCAAAGGUUUAUUUUCUUCCUGUGAUGAAGACAUGGACACAAAUGUAGAUGAAGAGAAAAAAGAAGCAGCAAACGAUACAAACUUCAUUAGAAUGUUUGUAGAAAUAAGAGCAGAGGAAUGGAAAGAAGUUGUUUUAAUAUUCAAUGAAAAAGUUAUAAGCAAAAAAGAUAUUGGACAUAUUACUAACAAGUUAAUCCCCACUUCCUAUUUAGAAAAUAAUUUCCUUGCAAUACUACUCAAUCGAAAAGAUGCUGGUUUGAAUAUCCAGGCUAGAAACUUGUGUCGUGAUAAUGAAGGCGAUGGAAUAAUUGUAGGUGUUAACUAUAAAAAUGUUUAUGCUUGCAUUAUUGAAAUGAUUAAUUAUGUUAAAAAUGCUAUUGAUGAAAAAGAUAAUACGGCAGAAAAAGUAGUUGUGCCUAUCAUUGUAGGUUAUGCUGAUGAGGUGAUUGACUUUUUGAAUGCUGAAUCGUCUGACGAUCGAAAUCGCGGCACCGGCCAAAAUACAGGUGAAACGACACUAGCGACAGCCCCACAACUUCUUACUCUUGACGAGGUUGAAGGUUGGAAUAAUGUCAAAAGUGCUUUAGACGGAUCAGGUUUUAAUGCUGACAAAAAGCAGAUAAUCGCUCGUGUUAAUGAUUACCUUAAUAAUAUCUCUCCUGAAUACCGGGAUUUAGUUAAACAAAAAAAAGAAAAAUUAGCAAUAGAAGUUGAACAUGGGGAAUUGGUGCUGAAGCUGGUUUGGAUGCGGCCAGAAAUUACGCUAUUAAUAUUGCUAACGGGUGAUUUCAAAGCCGCAUCGGCUUUUGUUGGUGCUUACAACGAUAUGGAGGAUGAUGAUAUUCUGGACUACCGAAAAAGUGGAGGCAACCGCCGAGCAACAGGUGCCGAAGGAGCCAUUGCUCGCAAUGGUGUUUGGAAUGGAUUUGGUUGGAGCGAUAAUACAAAUAUCAAUGCCGACAAGACCCAAAUAAUUGAGUAUGUUAAUGACUAUCUUGAUAAUGUUAUCCCUAAUCAAUACCGAGAACAAAUUAGAAAAACAGUGGACGGCGAUGCAUUUCAAAAUGCUUUUAUUAAUACUUUUACUGACGAAGAUUAUGAAGUGCCAUCAAGCGAUAGUUGGAUUUUGGAUUUUCUUAAAACUAACGGAGGACACACUAUAACCCCUCAGCAAGCAGCCACGAUAGUAGGUGGAGAUUGGAGAAGAAAUUGGAAAGCCCGAGAAAUCCGCAUCAACAACGACGGCACUAUCCGGGGUGGAAAUGUCCUAGAUGCUAAUUUAACGGCCACUAACGCCCAUGCCGCUGACAUUCAAAUUAACGGCACUGAUAUUCGGGUGGUUAAUCCUCUCACUGGAAAUAAUGUAGAUGGUUUUGCUGCUAUUGAUGCUUUGGGGGAUAAAGCGGUGUUGACCGCUGCGGCGGCUGUUCGUCAAAAAUUCAUUACUGACUUCAAAGCCGUUUCUGGUGCUUCGGCCAGUGCCUCCGACCCCGAUAUUUUGGCUUAUUUUGAUAAAAACUUAACGGCUGAAAAAGCCGCUGAACUUUACAAUGGUAAUCCUCGGGUUGACGGCUCAGAAUUAGAGAAAGGAACAACUAAUAAUAAAGUAAAAUAUGACAAUAAAGAAUAUGAUGCUGACAAGCCAGCCGACAUUGCUGCGGCCAAGAAAGCCAAAAUUGACGCUGAUGAAGCAGCAAAAUUAUCCAGUGCUAAAACUAAUGCUAUAAGUGCUAUUCAAACAUUAAUGGAUGAUACUUCGGAUUAUAUUAAUGCGGCUACUACGGAGACGGAGGUAAGCAAUCGCCAAGAUAAAAUUAAAAAGGCCAUUAAAGAGAUUAGGAAAACCAAAGAGCCUCCUUUUGACGCUGCUGCUGCUCGUUUAAGGGCUAUUACGGAGAAAGAAUUUGAGGAUAAAAAUACCCAAACGGAUAUUGAUAACAAAAAAGUUGAAUUAACUGGUAAAAUUGAUGCUGAAAAGGCAAAAGAACCAAAAGAAUCCAGCCGAAAAGUAUCAGCAGAGGAGGUGAAAAAAGUAUUUGAAACUAUUACGGGAGAAAGUAAUGUAGAAGUUCCUAACGAAAUAGAAAAUAUUAAAGAGGGUGAAAAGGCGGACUUCUCGGAGUAUUUGAGCAAAUUGUCUGCGACAGAGCAACCAACCGGCAGCAAUGAAAAAGAAAAAGUGAAUGAUUUCUUAACUCAUCAAAAAGCCGAGGUAGUAAUCAAAGCCAUAUUUGGUUAUAAAUUGAAAAAAGAUGAUAAUUUUGUGAAUGAGGUCAAAGCUAAAAUGGAAGCAGAGAAAAAUGACGAGGGGCAACCAUUAGACCAGGAUGUUUAUCCUAAACAAGAUGAUAAAUAUACCCAAGAGGCCAUGAUAAAAUAUCUUUUUCAGAAAAAAACCGGUCAGGCUCAUCAAUUUGCGGCUAAACAACAAAAUAAAUACAAAUAUUUAUAUGGUCUGUUAACUGUCCUGUUAUUAGCAGCUGGAUUAGUGGUGAUAUUCUGGGAAAGAUUAACUGGUUCGGUUGAGGGAGGAAAAAAUAAUGCUUAA